GUUUUAUGUUUUGUUUACGUUUAGCCAACGUCAGCCUGGUGGCUCACGACUCGGUCGUCCUAUGUUAUUGCUCAAUUGCAACUUGAUUUUGUGGCCCCAUGGAUUUUUUACCCUUUAAUGUCUCGUCAUUAAAUAAACAAGUAAACUGUUUAUUGUGAGUUUUUUGGACCUGGCGAGGCAAGGGUUAUAUUUAAAAAGUCCAUAUUCAGGACAGCACAGUAAAAAAUCCAUCAUCACCACAACUAGUUGCGGUUCCAUUCCUGAUGUUUGACACAUUGUGUCCACCGAGCAGAAUUACAGGGCAGUGUGAUCAUCAAAACAGCACCCCUCCAUUAGUCAGCUAUUUCCUCUUUGCUUAUAGACAUUAACAUUGUAGGCUUCCCACAUUAUGAUUUUUUGUAUUGACUUGAAGUACAACAUUUAACAGUAGAUGUGUGAUGUUUGUGUAUAUUUGACAUACUUUUAUUGUCAACAUUUUGUUAGCAAACUUUUAGGAACAUUGUAUGUACAUUUAACAUACAUCUAAAUCAGAUAUCAUUGCACCAUCAUUAUUAUUGCCCAUCAUUUGCAUGUGAUUUUAUUGGGCAUUUAUCAUGUUACAGUAAGUCAAUUUGAUAAAACGAAACGGGUUUUUCAUGCAGUGUAAUUUUUGCAUAGUGCAUUGUUGAGAUAUAUAAAACGCAGGCUUUUUUUGUGAUUACAUGGGCAUAUCACAAUUGUGGUAACAAUUCAGUGAUAUUUCAAGUACAUUUUCAACAAAUUUGACUCAUGAACUUUGCUGAUAUUAACAGUUCUAUGUAUGUUUAUGUUGUAAAAACAGUUCUGUGAUUAGAAUUACACAUUGUGCACAUUUUUAAUAUCAACCAUGUGUGACCCAAUGGAAAAAAUUAUCAAACAGGAAGAAAAUGUUCCUCGCUACCCUAGUCGUCAAAAAAUCUUAACAGAGAAGGGAAAUUCUUUAUACGAAUCUUGUGUACAAAAAUUGACAACUGCAUUUGAUCGCAUAUGGAAAGAUAUUGAAACAGAAAUUUUUGAAUUUAACUCGAAGGCCACAGAUAUUGAACCACAUGUGAUGCAGCGAUAUCAAGAUGAUGUUUCAUGUCUCCGUCAGGAAUUUGUGGCGUCGUCUGAUAAUUUGGUGGAAUUCCUGAUCAGAACAAACACUGCAGAAAGUUCAGCCGAAAGAUCAAGACACCUUGAAGUAUUUUCUAAGAGGAAGGGUGUUGUGGAUCGGUUCCUGGCAGCUAUUGCUGAUCGCAUUCUUCAGACCGCAGAUGAUAUUUCCCAACGGAUGGCUUCGGAAUCCACGUAUACUAGUCGCAGCAGCAAGAAGUCAACAUCAUCACAGAGCCGAUCAGCUAUUCUUCUUAAAAAGGAAAUAAACGUUGAGAAACAAAAGACUCGCCUAGAAUUUUUAAAACAUGAACUGACCUUAGAAAAAAGAAAAUCUCAGCUCGAAAUGGACUUGCGUCUACUUAAACAGGAAAAGGAAACCGCUGUGGCAGAGGCAGAAAUGAAAGCUGCAAGAGACCAUAUAGAGCCAUUAGAUUUUCAUGCAGUACUGAAGGAAGAGCAUCAUUCCCAAAUGCCAAAGGAGGAUAUUAUGUCCCAUUUCCUGUCAUCAUUAGAGGGUCAGUCAUCAGCAACCUUUGCGCAGUUACCACCACCUAAGUUCAUUUCAACUCCCUAUGAGCAUGGGCCUAAGGUAAAAUCCCCUGAACCUCAGAUGCCAAGGAAACAGCUCAACCAAAUCCUAACGUAGCUGACUUUACCUCAUUUUUGCUUAAAAAGGAUCUACUUACCUCAAGGUUUAUGUCCUUCACUGAUCAACCAGAAGCAUUUACAGCUUGGAAAACCAGCUUCCAAGGAAUUCUUCGAGAACUACAAGCUUCACCUGGCGAAGAGUUGGAUCUUCUCAUUAAGUGGCUGGGGACAGUCUAAAAAAUUUGCCAUGACAAUGAGAACAGCUAAUCCAAAGGAUCCUGAGAAGGCAGUUGAUUUGAUAUGGCAACGUCUACAAGAACGUUAUGGCAGUCCAGAACUUGUAGAAGCAGCCUUGAAAUCAAAACUAGACAGAUUUCCAUUGGUUUCUAUUAAUGAUGGCAAAAAGCUUUAUGACUUAGCGGAUCUGCUAACAGAAAUUGCUGCAAUUAAAGAGGAUCCUACCUAUGCAACUCUUUUGUCGUACUUCGACUCAUCCAGUGGAAUCCUACCUGUUGUGAAAAAGUUACCGAUGAACCUUCAAGAGAAGUGGAUUACAAGAGCUGCAGCCUAUAAGAGACACAGUGGACUACCACAUCCUCCAUUCAAGUUUUUUGUGGAAUUCAUCGUUGAAAUGAGUCAGAUAAGAAAUGACCCUGGACUUUGUGUACGGGAAAGAAAUAAGGAAAACAUUCAACGCAGGGUACCGGUAAUAAAUCGAAAGACAGAUGUAGAGGUUGACAGUAGAGAGAGAAGAAAGGAAAGCUUAGACCCAUCUAAAAGAUGCCCUAUUCAUCCUAAUGACUUUCAUGCCUUAAACAAGUGUAGAACCUUUCGCACAAAACCCAUGAAGGAACGCACAGACGUGUUAGUGAAACACGGAAUUUGCUUCAAGUGUUGCAAUUCAGCAGAACAUUUUUCUAAGAACUGUUAUGAGAAAGUGGCAUGUUCUGUAUGUGCUAGUAACUCGCAUCCUUCAGCAUUACACAUUGAUUAUGGCAGACCUCAAGGCGGGGAGCAAAAGGAGAAUUCAGAGACCAAGAAAACUGUCAACAACAAGUGCGCCCAGAUUUGCGGUGUUAUUCCUGGAGGUAAAUCAUGUUCCAAGACAAUUCUUGUCAAGGUGUAUGAUAGAGAAAAUCCAGACAAUUUUGUGCGAACAUAUGCCUUGAUUGACGACCAAAGUAAUUGCUCCCUAGCAAAGAGUGAAUUGUUUGACUUGCUCGGAAUCAAGACUGAGACAAAGAACUUUAAAUUAGAAACAUGUUCUGGUGUCAGGAACAUGACCAGCAGGGUUGCCAAAAACCUUUUAGUUACAUCAUUGGAUGACAGUACAACUCAUCAAUUACCGCCUGUCAUAGAGUGUGACGCCGUUCCGGAUAAUCGUAAUGAGAUAGCAACACCUGAUAUAGCUAAACGAUUCCCACAUCUUGCAAACAUUGCUAGUCACAUUCCGGAGCUAGACCCUCAAGCAAAGAUACUGCUUCUUAUUGGACGGGAUAUGAUCAUAGCACAUCAUGUUCUCGAUCAGAGAAUCAGCCAUGAUGCUCCAUAUGCUCAGAAGUUGAGUCUAGGUUGGACAAUCAUAGGUGAGACAUGCUUGAACAAGGCUCAUUUACCUGCGACAAUAUCAGUUAACAAGGUAUACCUUCAUAAUGAUGGGAGACCUUCUAUCUUGUUGCCUUGUAACAGCUCACUCACAGUUAAGGCUCCUCCUGUUGACGAAGAUGAUAUGUCUUCCAUAUUUGAAAGAACACCAAAUGAUGAUAAGCCAGGGCCUUCACAGGAAGAUAAUAUAUUCCUAGGAAUCAUGGAAAGUAAGUUCCAUCGCAACUCUUUAGGGGAAUGGACGGCUCCCCUGCCGUUUAAGCCUGGACGACCCAGACUUCCAAACAAUUAUUCUCAAGCUAUCAAGAGAGCCAGAUCUCUCGACACCAAUCUUAGGAAGAAUCCUACCAAAAUGGACCAUGCCCUAACCUUUAUGGAAGGGAUAUUGUCUAAAGGGCAUGCCGAAGUAGCCCCAUCUUUAGAAUCAGACGAUGAGUGUUGGUAUUUGCCAAUAUUUGCCAUUUACCACCCAAAGAAGCCAAACAAAAUUAGAAUGGUCUUUGACUCUUCUGCCUCGUAUGAGGGAAUUUCGUUGAACUCGGUGCUGCUCUCAGGACCAGACUUAACCAAUAACCUACUCGGUGUGCUUCUUCGUUUUCGCAAGGAGAGAACUGCACUAAUGGCGGACAUUGAACAAAUGUUUUAUUGUUUCCGUGUGUCCAGAGAACAUAGAAAUUACUUGCGCUUCCUAUGGUACAGGAACAAUGACCCAUCGGAUAGACUUAUCGAAUAUAGAAUGACGGUGCAUGUUUUCGGUAACACGCCCUCGCCUUCUGUUGCGACAUAUGGCUUGAGACAAUCUGUUGCUGACCAUCCGGAUCCUGAAAUCAGAGAAAUAGUACAGAGAAACUUCUAUGUUGAUGAUUUGUUGGUGUCAAUGCCGCAUGAUAAGCAAACUGUUGAGCUCAUCAAGAAGACUCAGAAGGCAUUGAUGGAAGGCGGGAAGUUGAGAUUACACAAAGUAGCCUCCAAUUCUCAAGAAGUAAUGAGUGCAUUUGAAGAAGAAGUAAGAGCCAAGGACUUGAAGUGCAUUGACUUGAGACUAGAUGAGGCACCCUUACAGAAAAGUCUAGGACUUACUUGGGACUUACAGGCGGAUUCCUUUAAGGUAGAUGUGACUAUGGAGUCCAAACCCUUCACGAAACGUGGUAUGCUGUCCACGUUAAACAGUCUCUAUGAUCCCUUUGGAUUCAUCGGUCCUGUGACACUCAGAGGAAAAAUGCUGUUUCGUAAGGCCUUGGAUUUGUCAUCUGAUUGGGAUGAUCCUCUUACUGAGUUUGAGAAUGAAUGGAGAAAUUGGUGUGAUUCACUUCAAGAUUUAUCUCAUAUUAGUGUUCCUCGAUCUUACACGUCUUCAGGUUUGCAAAACUCUUCUAGAGUAGAAGUUCAUGUAUUUUGUGAUGCCUCCGAGUUGGCCAUCUCUGCGGUUGCCUAUCUAAAAGUACUGUACACGGAACAUGCAGAAACUGGAUUCUUGCUUGGAAAAUCGAAGUUGGCACCUACACAUGGACACACAGUUCCCCGACUGGAACUUUGUGCAGCUGUACUUGCAAGUGAAAUUGCUACCAUUGUGACAGACAACUUAGACCACAAAGUGGACCAUACUCAGUUCUACUCCGACAGUCGCAUAGUGUUAGGUUACCUUUACAAUACUUCAAGAAGGUUUUAUACCUAUGUGUCUAACAGAGUACAGAAGAUACUUAAGGUUGCUCCAGCCAAUCAUUGGUCUUAUGUGCAGUCAGAAAAGAAUCCAGCAGAUAUUGGAUCAAGAUCAAUUGCUGCAAGAGAUCUCCAAGGAAGUAAGUGGAUUAAGGGACCUGACAGUCUCCUUAAGACUCAAGACUGCAAUGAAGUGUUUCCUUUAGUGGAUGCUGAGAAUGAUAGUAAUGUAAGACCACAACUAUCAAGCUUAAAGACUGUUACAAAGAAGCCAUUUGGAGUAGAACGAUUUGAUAGAUUUUCAACAUGGAACUCAUUGGUCAAUGCCUUGAGCGCACUAAGAUAUAGAAUAUUGAAGAAGCAUGGAGUUGAGAGUGAUAGAUUUUCCUCAAGUUUCCGUCGGUUUGCAGAAGUGUUCAUUGUUCGGACAAUUCAGCAGGAGACCUUUCAUCAGGAAAUAUCAUGUUUUCAAUCUGGAAGGACCAUUUCAAAGGACAGUUCUAUUAUCAACCUCGACCCUUACCUAGAUGAUGAUUCCAUUCUGCGAGUGGGUGGACGACUGCAAGCUGCUGACAUAGAACAUAACCUUAAGAACCCCUGCAUCAUCCCUCGUUCGCACAUAGGUAGACUCCUCAUUAGCCAUCAUCAUGACUUGGUACAUCAUCAGGGAAGGCACUAUACAGAAGGAGCAGUACGAAGUGCGGGUUACUGGAUUGUCGGUUGCAAGAAGCUAGUGUCCUCUGUCAUCUUUAACUGCGUUACAUGCCGCAAGUUGCGUGGACGAUUAGAACAACAGAAAAUGGCAGACCUGCCAUCUGUCCGAGUUAGACAGUCUCCACCAUUUACCUAUGUGGGUGUUGACAUGUUUGGUCACUGGGAGAUAGUGACCCGGAAGACGCGUGGAGGAAGUGCAAAUAGCAAGCGGUGGGAUAUAAUGUUCACAUGCCUCUCUUCCAGAGCUUCCCAUAUUGAAGUGGUGGAAGAUAUGUCGUCCUCGGCCUUUAUCAAUGCCCUUCGCCGAUUCAUAUCUAUUCGGGGAAAAGUUGCAGAGUUUAGGUCUGAUAGGGGCACAAACUUUGUCGGAAGCACGGAUGCAUUGGGUAUUGAUGCUGUGAAUGUAGAGGACCAACCCCUCAGGAAGUUCUUGAGCAAAAAUGGUUGCUGUUGGAUAUUUAACACUCCAUACUCUUCCCAUAUGGGUGGUGUAUGGGAAAGAGUUAUUGGACUUGCUAGACGAAUUUUAGAUGCCAUUCUCCUGAAGCAACCUAAGCGCCAACUUACCCAUGAUGUCCUUGUAACGUUGAUGGCAGAGGUUACAGCAAUACUCAACAACCGACCAUUGGUUCCUGUUUCCACUGACCCUAGCAAUCCAUUAAUACUUACCCCGAAUAUGCUGCUAACUCAGAAGACAGAAGCUGAUCUUCCACCGUUUCAUGAACUUGAUGUAAGAGACAUGUAUGUGUCUAGCUGGAAACAGGUACAAGUCCUUGCUCAGCAGUUUUGGAAGCGCUGGCACAAUGAGUAUCUCCAACUUCUCCAGCAACGACGAAAGUGGACAGAUUCUAAGGACAAUCUACGGAUUGAUGAUGUUGUUCUUCUUCGAGAGAAAGAAGCUCAUCGCAACGAUUGGAGUAUGGGUGUUAUCAAUCGAACAUUUCCUGAUGACGACAGCAAGGUCCGCAAGAUAGAAGUUCGCACAAGCAGAGGCGGACAGCUUGUCCAUUACGUACGACCAGUUACAGAAGUAGUUCUUUUAGUGCCACACCGUUAGACUUUUGUUAUUAUGAAGUGAUUAUGUAGUGACUGGCGUCAGGCGGGGAGUGUGCUGACACUUUCCGGAACAUUUUGUGCCGUUUCGGGACGGUUUCAUGUUUUAUGUUUUGUUUACGUUUAGCCAACGUCAGCCUGGUGGCUCACGACUCGGUCGUCCUAUGUUAUUGCUCAAUUGCAACUUGAUUUUGUGGCCCCAUGGAGUAAGUUUAUCAUAAUAUUGUGUGAAUGUAUGCUCUGCUUAAAUUCAGAAAUGUUUCAGUGAAAUUUUCUAAUGUUUACUAUUUUUUCGUUGUGAUCAUGGUGAAGAGGAAAUUCGAAUGCAAAAUGUUGUCAAAUCUAAAUCUGUAAUUGCGAAAUUUAUUGUGAAAUUUAUUCAUCUAUUUUGUACCGAGCAUAUUGUGAUUGUUGUUUUU